AUGUCACCGACGUAUGGAAUCCACGCGCCGGACGAACCGUACGUUCCAUCUUCGGACAAGUGUUGGGGCGCUAAAGGCCACUGGCACAUGAAGAAACCAGUGGACGUGAUGUUUGAAAACCAAGCGAAAACGACGCCGUGUUCGAUACCGGAGAACGGGAACAUUUGCGGGAACGAGAAAAACUGGGAGGUGAGGUUGAAAGAAGAGCACUCGCAGUUCGUGCCGAACGCGAAGAAUUUCGCGCCGAGACCGAAGAACUGGAAAGUGAAUAGGAACAAGAAUUAUUACGGCACGAACUGA